ACAUCUGCUUGUAUUACAUCUUGACGCAGGUAUUGGCUGGCCAAAGCUGGUGCAGGCGUGCUUUGUUCACCUGGUUUUGACAGGCUGAAUUACGAAGAAUAUUUUAAAAAAUGCAACUGGACCCGCCUGUAUCUGACAACACAGCAUUUGUCCUUGACACCGUAAAGAUAAAAGAUUGCCUGUGCUACCUACGUUUUAAAUCGCAUUUUUUAAACGUUGCUCAGGUAAUGUGGGAGUUGCUGAAUCCUAACGAAGUUCACCUGUUGCCUCAGCUGCUACACUGAUUUAUUUCUUUUUUAACUACUUUAAUCAGAAGGUGCUCUGUGAGAGAUGUGGCUGCCUGCGGUCUAUUUGCCUUUGAUCCCGGUGUUUGUUGCCAUGGCGAUUCGUUAUCGGGAGCAGUUGGGAGCUUUUUGCCGAAAUGUGUUUUUCGGCAGGGCAGGAAAGCACUCGGGAACGCGCGUUCAGCGCGCUCACGACUUUGUCCUCAUGAACUCAACUCACGGGCAGCCCGACAGCGUGCUUCAAACCUUUGACCUCUACGCUGAGACGCAACCUUCUCUCGUCAUCAGCCGGGAGAAGGGUGAAUUCCUGGAUGAAGUGGUGCGAAAGGCAACCCCUGCAUGUGCCCUAGUACUGGGCACACAGUGCGGAUACUCCGCUAUCCGAAUCCUCAGACUGCUGCCUCCUUCUUCAAAGCUUUACACUGUGGAACAGGACCCCAGCGCUGCAGAGGCAGCAGAGGAGAUGAUUCUAGUGGCUGGAUUCAAACACUCCCAGUUCCAGAUGGUGGGCUCCCCAUCUGCUGUUGCCAUCCCCCAGAUGCUGACAGGAUUCGAUGUCAGAGCUGUGGGCCUGGUGCUCAUGGACCACGACGUGGAACAGUACCUGCCUGACCUCCAAGCUCUGGAGAAGGAAGGCCUGCUCUCAACAGGCUGUACCCUGCUGGUUAACAACAUAGACCUCCGAGAAGCACAGGGCUUUCUGCACUACAUCCACAGCAGCCCACAGUACUCUGUCGUCCAUCAGGUGCAGGACAUGCUGGAAAUCCAGUGUCACCAGUGCUCGGUUAAGGGUACCGAUCCAGUGACUUUAUAAAUCCAUCCAGACUUUUCACCUGUGAUUUUACCUUUUCAAAAGCAGAGCAAGCCCCAGAUACUCGGUUGCCAGCUCACAACAUCUGUCUGUGGCUGUAGCAACAGACAUCACAGGAUCUGGUUUCUUAUGGAAAAAUAAUUAAAAUAUCUUCCAUAGUUAUAUUAAAAUAUUUUGCUGGUCCCUUACAAAAAUUAAAACAAAAGGCAUUAUUUUCUUUCUAAGUAACCAAAAGACUUUCAAAUGUGUGAUGAAAAUUCAUGCUUGUCAAGAGAACAAGAACAAGAUUCAGUUUGUGAUCAAAGCGGCAUUAAUAAAAUAUGAAUUGAAAAAAUACUACAACAGCAAAUUAUUCUUUUACUCUUCCAUUAUACAUACAUCCCCUAUUGAUUUGGAAAUUAUGCAUUCUUACACUGAUUAAUGAUGUGGUGAAAUGUAAUGAUUGAUGUAAUGGAACAUUGUUAGUUUUGUAGCUUUUUUAUUAAACAAUAUGUACAAAAUGAAGUUCAUGUUUGAGAACAUGGAAAACCACAUUACACUGAAGGUUUUCAAAUAAAAUAUAAUACACCUUUUAUUAUACAUUAAAUGUAACACUUAGAGAGCUCAAUGUGGGCAGUUUAGUAGUUGUUUAAUCUGAGAUUAAGUUUUUAUUCAUUUAAAUAUGAUUAAAAUCAUUUUAUGGUUAAGUCGUUAACGCAUUUAAACAAAAAUCUUUUAACACUGAGAGUUAUUUUUAAUUGCUGUCUUGCUAUGUUUUUCUUCUUAAUAUGGAGUCACAGUUCUAAUUGAAAAUUCAUGUGAACUAGAAUUUCAAUUGUGUGUACAAGGGGCAUAGGAGAAUAUUUUAAACUUUGGAUAAAAAUUAUUUUGAAACUGACACACAUCUCCAUGUCUGGACUGAAGAAAAUGCUAAAGCUCAUAAUUAUAAAACCUUUCAGGGUUUCCAAGGGAAUCAUAAUGCUUAAAAUGGUGUAAGCGAUUUGCAUAAAUAAUAUACUGUAUGAGCAAUGAUUAUCACCAUUAAGAACGCUACGUGUUUAAAAUCCAUCUUAUUUUUGCUCUUUAGGUUUUAAUCAGCAUCUGUUCAAGUACAUCUUACAGAAGGUAUUGCUAUGAAUAUGUAUGUUAUUGUUGUCAUCUGUUUUUUUAAAAAACAGAGCACCAAAGUUUUAUUUUAGUAUUUUAACACAUUUCAGAGUUUUAACAAAUGUUAUUUUCCUCACAAUUAAAUGUGAGGUGCUCCACUGUGUUGUACCACAUUUUUCUAUUUUUUGUUUUCUAAACAAUAAACAGUCACUCAAACGAGUAACCGUAUUUUAGUUGCCUGGUAUAACAAUUGAUGUUACUUUUAUUUACAAUCUAGUAAAACCAGAGAAUGAUGUCAUGUUUUUUUAGAUACUGUACCAAUAUAACAAGAUAGCUCAAUGUCUUCUGGAGAGCAAGACAAAUUAGAAAAGUAUAGAUGGAUUUAUAUGUGCUAAGGCAGCUCUGUGCAUUAGAAUUUAACCUUUGAAACAGUUAUCUGCUUCAACUGUUUGGUAAACUCAACAUCUCCACAGCUGGUGUGAAUGACAUUU